UCACAUGAAUUCAAUUGUAACAAUUUUUUUGUAGGUUACAACCGAUGGAGAUUCUCGUGUGCAAGUCACAAACAAAGCUAAGAGCGAUGAAGAUGAGAAUUUGCUUGCACCAGACCGAGCAUCUGCAGCAAAGACAUUGAACGCUAAAGUUCGCACUGGAGUGCCAGAUCUUACCAGACUCAUAGAUGUACUUCGUAAAAGUAACCUUAAAGAGGCUGAAAUUAUGGAAAUUGUCUCACAGGUAGAAGGCAAUGAUAAUGUCGCACCACCACCAAAAAUUGACUUUACUUCAGCAGUGCAGAAUAUUCCCCUAAAAAGGCAUUUGAAAAGAGAGAGGAUUGUUAAGGCUUCACGAGAAAUAAGCAAGAAUAUUGGGCCACAUGAAAAGGUUUAA